AUGGCUAGCAAUGAAACCGAGAGCAUCUGGCCUUCAGACCAUUCAACCGUCCUCGCCAUCGUGGCCGCCGUCCUGUACCUUGUGCCCACCUGCAUCCUCUUUUGGCAGACUGUGAUACGCUACCGCAGCUGGUUCUUCUCCUGCGUCGUCUUCGGCUCCGGCUUGGAGGUCGGAGGCUACAUCGCGCGGGCGGUGUCCACCCGCCAGGUUGACAAGAUUCCACCCUACGCAGUACAAAGCAGCCUUGUCAUCCUCGCACCCAUCUUCAUAGCCGCAGGAAACUACCUCCUGAUCGGCCGGCUUAUCCGCGCGGUCCUCCUCCCGUCGAAGCAUCGGAUCCUAGGCAUCAGAGCUGAUCGGAUCACCAGAACGUUCGUCAUCUGCGACAUCAUCUCGUUCCUGAUUCAAGUGUCCGGCUCUGGGCUCGCAUCGUCGGGGGACUGGGAAGGUGACACGGCAACCACGGGGAUCAACGUCCUGAUCAGUGGCUUGGCGGCGCAGGUAGCAACGUUCGCGUUCUUCCUCCUGAUUCUGGCGUCCUUCCACGCCCAGACAGUCCAACAUACGCGGAGAAGCGUGCCCCGGGGAUGGCAGAGGAUCUUCAUUGCCAUAUCCAUCUCGUCUACACUGAUCAUGGUCCGUUGCGUGUAUCGUGUGGUAGAGUUCGCAAUGGGUAUCGACGGCUACCCGUUCACGCAUGAGUGGAUGUUCUACAUCUUCGAAUCGCUUCCUAUGUUGCCUGCUAUUGCGGUCUUCUGUUCGUUCCAUCCCGCAGAGUGUCUUGGAAGCCAUGGAGGGCGUGAGAAGGAAGAGAGCUCGGAUCCGGUCUCCGACCUAGCAUUGACCAACAAGUCUGAAGUCGCCUAG